UCCGCCAAGCACCGGCGCCCGUCGAUUCACCGCUCCCGCGGUGGCAGCGGGUGCACGCUCGGGCUCUCGCGACUGGUGCGGCGCCUGCGGCGGCAGGGCAGGCGGGCGCUGCGCUCCGCGGCCUCGGCGGCGUCGUCGCAGCAGCGCUGCCGCGAGUGCCAGUACGACCCGCUCAGCUACGCGCGCAAGUUCAACCUCGGCGGCUGCAACGGCGACGCCUACGACGCCGCGCAGGUCUACUACGGCUGCUUCUUCUCGUCCCACUUCGUGCUCGUCCCCGCCGCGUCGCAAUCCGCCGGCGCUGCUCAAGCAGCGGUCACGACUGCUAGCAAGUACCGGAUGGAUGUUAAUUAGAGUAGGUGGCCGGGUUAAUCGCUGCAUCAUCCUCUUGUCGUCCCUGUAAUUCAAGGGGAAACAUGAUUAUAUGGUACAUACGCACUGAGCAGCCCAGUGAUUCUUGGUUUCUUGUCACAAAUCACUCAUCUGUUCAUGUGUGCAAAAUUUUCCAAACUCUGAACUGCUGGCUGCUGUCUAGCUGUGCACCUCUUGCGCCGCACCAGGGGUGUUUGGCGCUCGUGUCGCCAGCCAUGGCGCUGCCUUCCUCGAUGCCGUCGGCCUCCGUUUCUCCGAUGCUGAUGAUGGCAUCGAGAGAAGGGGGAGGAAGGAAUGCUCGGCUCUCCACAUUGUCGUCUUCCUCUCCUCAUCGGGUGCCAGCAGAUCAGUACCGCGAUCGCAAGCACAUCGGCGGACGCGACGCAGGGACACCGGCCGGUGGCGAGAUUUGGGCGUCCGUUCAGCUGAGUGCGUACCCGCCCGCCGCUGCCAAACUGCUGUCCUCCGCCGAAGCCCGCCUUUCACGCCGAGCA